ACACAGGGGUCUGUUGAGGGGCGGAGCCUGUUUCUCUGCAGAGAGAUGCUCUGCAGCUCUUCACGGGUCCCGUCAAUCUGUAAAACCCUGCUCACAGACAUGUAGCUCACAUGCACACACUGAUCUACUGCAUUCAAAUCUUUCAGUCUUCCAGCAUCUCGGCUACAUCUCCUCCUUCUCCUCUCCUUUCUGUCCUCUAUGUCUCCUCCUCCUCCUCCUCCUUUCUCACCCUGUAGCUUUCAAACCGCCCGUCCUCUGCAGCACUGACUCACUCAGCUUUCUUUCUCUUUCUGCACCAAGCUGAUCCAGCACGACCUGGGAACAUGUCUUCCAACCUGCCCUCUGGGUCAGCGACUGGGGCUGCAGCCAAAAACAAACCCCUCUCCCCCUUCAGGAAGCGCGGCAGCCUGCAGUACACGGCCAGCACAGUUGAUGCCCGUGGGGCCCGCCACAUCCUCACUUCCCAGCAUUCCUUGCCUGGCAUUCCUGUGGCCCUGAAACAAUCCAUUGACCUACGUACCUCCAUGGACGGGAAGUACAAGGAGAUCGCCGAGGAACUGUUCUCUCGCAGUCUGGCAGAGAGUGAGAUGCGCAGCGCCCCCUAUGAAUUUCCAGAGGACAGUCCCAUUGAACAGUUGGAGGAGAAACGCCAUCGCCUGGAGAGACAAAUCAGCCAGGAUGUCAAGUUCGAACCCGACAUCCUCCUGCGAGCCAAACAGGACUUCGUGAAGACGGACAGUGCCACGGAUCUCGAAUACAUGAAAGAGCAGAACCAAACUCCUGACCUGCAGGAGAGGGACUUGGUUCCAGAGAGGGAGUACCAGCGAGUCACUAUUUCAGGAGAGGAGAAGUGUGGGGUUCCCUUCACAGAUCUUCUGGAUGCUGCCAAAUGUGUGGUGAAAGCUCUGUUUAUAAGACAAAAGUACAUGGGUCUGUCGCUGCAGAGCUUCUGUAGGACCACUGCUCGUUACCUGCAGGAUCUGAGCGAAAGUCCGCUCGAUAUCGACGUCUAUGAGGAGGAGGUCUCAGAGAGCACCGUUACUGCAGAUGCCACAGUGCACCCACCAGUUUCUGACACACACCCCUACGAGAACCAGGACCUGGUCAGCAUGCCCCCUGAUGUGCGUUACGGCUGCAAGAUGGUUGACGGCGUCAUGCAUGUGUACACAUCGAGAACCACUAUGGAGAAGAGCACAGAAUUGGAGCUGCCGUAUCCAGACCUGCAGGACUACAUCGCUGACAUGAACGUUAUGAUGGCUCUCAUUAUCAAUGGGCCAGUAAAAUCCUUCUGCUACCGGCGCCUACAGUAUCUUAGCUCCAAGUUCCAGAUGCACAUCCUGCUCAAUGAAAUGAAAGAGCUUGCUGCACAGAAAAAAGUCCCACAUCGAGACUUCUACAAUAUCCGUAAGGUUGACACACAUAUCCACGCAUCAUCCUGUAUGAACCAGAAGCACCUUCUACGUUUUAUCAAACGUGCCAUGAAGAAGUAUCCCACAGAUAUUGUUCACAUGGAAAAAGGCAAAGGUCAGACACUCAUGGAAGUGUUUGAGAGCAUGAACCUCACAGCCUUUGAUCUCAGUGUGGACACCCUGGACAUGCACGCAGAUCGUAACACUUUUCAUCGCUUUGACAAAUUCAAUGCCAAAUACAAUCCCAUUGGUGAGUCCAUCCUGAGGGAGAUCUUCAUCAAAACAGACAACUACAUUGAGGGGAAGUACUUUGGUCACGUUAUUAAGGAGGUCAUGGCUGACCUGGAGGAGAGCAAGUACCAGAAUGUGGAACUCCGACUGUCCAUCUACGGUCGCUCGAGAGAUGAAUGGGACAAAUUGGCCAAGUGGGCCGUCAAACAUCAGGUCUACUCAGACAAUGUGCGCUGGCUUGUACAGAUGCCCAGAUUGUUUGAUGUCUACCAUACAAAGAAACAGCUGUCCAACUUCCAGCAGAUGUUAGAGAACAUCUUUUGUCCCCUAUUUGAGGUUACAGUGGAUCCAAGCAGCCAUCCAGAGCUGCACCUCUUCCUUCAGCACGCUGUGGGUUUUGACAGUGUGGACGAUGAGUCAAAACCCGAGCAACAUAUCUUCAACUUGGACAGUCCGCUGCCCGUCAACUGGACAGAGGAGGAUAACCCACCCUACUCAUACUACCUCUACUACAUGUAUGCAAAUAUGACUGUGCUGAACCACCUGCGCAGGCAGCGGGGGUUUCAUACGCUUGUGCUACGCCCACAUUGCGGGGAGGCGGGGCCAAUCCAUCACCUGGUGUCUGGUUUUAUGCUGUCUGAGAACAUAUCACACGGGCUUCUACUCAGGAAGGCUCCUGUACUGCAGUAUUUGUACUACUUGGCCCAGCUAGGCAUCGCCAUGUCCCCGCUCAGCAAUAACAGUCUGUUCCUCAGCUACCAUCGUAACCCUCUGCCAGAAUACCUGUCCAGAGGCCUCAUGGUGUCUCUGUCCACAGAUGACCCCCUGCAGUUUCACUUCACCAAGGAACCCCUGAUGGAGGAGUACAGCAUUGCAGCUCAGGUGUGGAAACUGAGCUCCUGUGACAUGUGUGAACUGGCCAGAAACAGUGUGCUGAUGAGUGGAUUCUCUCAUAAAGUAAAGAGCUACUGGCUUGGGCCCAAAUAUAUCAAGGAGGGACAGGAGGGCAAUGACAUCAGACGCACCAACGUUCCUGACAUCCGCGUGGCAUACCGCUACGAGACUCUGUGUGAGGAGCUGAAUUUAAUCACACAGGCCAUCCGCACGGAGGAGCAUGAAACCAUGGAGAACGAAGGCUGUCUGUGUAUGGGAGGUGUGCAAGUAGAGAAGUAAAGAGGCUGCAGAAUUCUUAUUAUGUCACCAUUUUAACUCUGUCCCUCUGAACAGAUGUGUUAAUGUCACACCAGGGAAGGGAAAAAUGUUUUGUUGUGAAAAGAGACAUAUUUAUGUGGCAGUAUGAGAGAGUGUACCCAGAUUUUCCUUUAUUUUCUUGAGCUGUAUCUUUGUUACAUUUGCUGAUUUCACAGUGUGUCUUGAACUAUUUAUUUAAAAGUAAUCACAUUUUUAUGAUUGCUGGCCAUGUUCUGUGAGAGUUCUGUGCAAACUGUUGACUUUACUUCUGGAAUAAUGCACCACAUUCAGAAUAAUAUGAAU